AUGGCUGGAGACAAUACUGGAUCAAUCGUUGGAUCGAAGGGGAAGGUUGCUACUGAACCUACCAUCGAAGCCCCACAGGCUCACCCUUCGGACAAGUUGAAGAUUGCAUUCCCAGACACCUUUCAUGGGGAUCGCAAGAAGCUCAAGAGUUUCAUCAUCCAGACAGAGCUAUGGAUGGCGUUUAACGCCAAACACUUCAACAAAGAAGUGGAACAGUGUCAUACUGACAUUCGUUGCACUCAGUUUGCUAUCAAACUCAAGAGCAAACUUGGAAAUCUCCUCCUCAAACCUACAAGUCACUAUACAUAUUUUGGCUUAUCACACCAACAACAAGAGCAAUACUACUCAACGAUUGCUACAACCAUCUAUGAUUCAUUACACGUCAUCGCUCCUUAG